AUGGGUGAGCCCAAGCAGACAAUCUACAUACGUGGUCUGCCGGACAAGGUGUCAGCAGAAGAAAUGCGUCGCGCACUGUACUUGUACUGCACGCAGUUUGGCCCUGUGCUGGAGGUGUCGUACCGUAAAAGCGUCGGCAUGUAUGGGCAGGCCUUUGUUGUCUUUGCCGAUGUGGCCACUGCCACGAGUGCCCGCCGCGAACUGAACGAGCGGCAGUUCUACGGUCGAGUGACGCAGGCCUUCUACGCCAAGCGGCAGUCAUUUAGUGCUGACCCCGGUGAGAGACGGCGCAGGGAUAUGCGGCGUGAGCGGGAGUCGGGUGUAAAGCGGCGGCGUGAGAGUUAA